AUGGCAGCGGAAGACUGCUUCGGCUGCCGCCUCACUGGGUCCGCUACAUUGCUUGGUGUUGGUACAUACUUUCUUAAUGAGCGAGCCAAACUAGGACCUCACGACGUCAGGCAACGGCGAUGGUUACUUGCUUGUGCUGGAUCGUUUGCCGUUGCAGGAGUCCUGCGGGCAACCAUACAUCUUUUCGACGUGCCAGAGAGCACUACAGUGGAGAAGGCGUCAUAA